AGCGACAUUGAUAAGUAACCAGGAGAUAGCUAGCCAUUGUUAUAUCACCUAAAUUAUGCGACCCCAGAGGGAGAAAAAUCAGAUGUCAGAGCUUCCUCAAGAAGUUUCUACCAGACAACAGGUUAUGGGAGUAGAGAUACUUGACAAUCGACCAGAAGAUGAAACUCGAGCUGCUCCGGUUGAGGAUGUUGAAGAACACAAAUUCCUUGGAAAGGCUAGUUGCAUAGAAACGACAUCUCUUUGCGGGGGGGGACUCAGGGUGAUUAAGGAAGAGGCAGAAAAUCUCUUGCAAGCAAGCUUUAUCAGAAGAGUUAACUAUUGUGAAUGGGUUACCAACCCAAUGUUGGUGAAGAAAGCUAAUGGCAAGUGGAGAAGGUGCAUUGACUACACUAACCUUAAUCAGGCUUGUCCUAAAGACUGUUAUCCGAUGCCAAACAUUAACAAAUUGGUCGAGGCAACUUUUGGAAAUGAGAGAUUGAGUUUGUUAGAUGCAUAUUUCAGAUACCACCAAGUCCCAAUGGCCCCUGAUGAUGAAGAGAAUACAUCAUUUUAUGCAGGUAAUGAAAUUUACUGUUAUGCCAUGAUGCCAUUUGGCUUAAAGAAUGCAGGUGCCACUUACCAAAAAAUGGUAACUAUCAUGUUUCGAGCUCAGAUUGAUAGGAAUUUGGAAGUUUAUGUUGAUGACAUCGUGGUGAAGAGCUUGAAAGUUGAAGACCAUUUAGCUAACCUAGAUGAGACUUUCACCAAUUUGAGGAAAAACAAGAUGAGAUUAAAUCCAACAAAGUUUUUGGGUUUCAUGGUUUCCAAAAGAGGGAUCAAGGUCAACUCGGAGAAGAUCAAAGCAAUAGAAGAGAUGGGACCUUUGAAGUCAAUUAAAGAUGUGCAGAGGUUGACUGGGAGAGUGGUAGCCCUUCAUAGAUUUGUUUCCAAGUCAGCUAACAAGUGCCUCCCAUUUUUCAAGAUCAUGAGAUCGGCAACUCAAAAAGAUGAAUCUAGCAAACAGAAAAAGUUCGAAUGGGACCUAGAAUGCCAAGCUGCAUUUGAUGAGCUUAAGUCCUAUCUUAGCUCGCUGCAUUUAUUGACGAAAGCUAUUGAUGGGGAGAUCCUUUGCUUGUACCUCAGAAUCUCAGAUGAAUCAAUCAGUUUUGUGUUAGUGAGAGAAAAGGGAAAGCGACAGAAACCAAUCUAUUAUACAAGUAGAGUACUACAUGGGGCAAAGCAAAGAUAUUCUAUCGUUGAGAAAGCAACGUUAGUAGUUGUUACUUCAGCUAGAAAACUAAGGCUACAUUUUCAGUCACACCCAAUUGUUAUCCUUACAAACCAACCUCUUCGGCAAAUCUUACAGAAGCUAGAGUGCUUAGGCAGGUUAAUCAAAUGGGCAAUCAAGUUGGGGGAAUUUGAGAUUACAUUCCAACAAAGGUCAGGAAUCCGAGCUCAAGCAUUAGCAGACUUCAUUGUUGAGUGCACCUCUAAUUAGUCAAGUCCAAAUCCUGAGCCAGAUACAUGGGUUCUAUAUGUUGAUGGGGCUUUAAACAAUAGAUGGUCAGCAGCUGGAACAGUUCUAAUGGGACCAGAUGGCUAUCGAAGUGAGCAUGCUUUGAAAUUUAAUUUUGAUGCAACUAAUAAUAUGGCUGAAUACGA